AUGGUGCCUCCCAAGUCCGGAAAGAAGACCGCCGCUAUGCCCUACCCCCAGGGCAAGGCUGGCACUGGCAAGAAGGCCGCUAAGAACCCUCUCAUCGAGAAGCGUUCCCGCAACUUCGGUAUCGGCCAGGACAUCCAGCCCAAGCGCAACCUGUCCCGCUUCGUCAAGUGGCCCGAGUAUGUCCGUCUUCAGCGCCAGAAGAAGAUCCUGAACAUGCGCCUGAAGGUUCCUCCUUCCAUCGCUCAGUUCCAGGCCACUCUGGACCGCAACACCGCUGCCCAGACCUUCAAGCUCCUCUCCAAGUACCGCCCUGAGACCAAGGUCGAGAAGAAGGAGCGUCUCGUCCAGGAGGCUACCGCCGUCUCCGAGGGCAAGAAGAAGGAGGAUGUCUCCAAGAAGCCCUACAACGUCAAGUACGGUCUCAACCACGUCGUUGGCCUCGUUGAGAACAAGAAGGCUUCCCUCGUCCUCAUCGCCCACGACGUUGACCCCAUUGAGCUCGUUGUCUUCCUGCCCGCUCUCUGCCGCAAGAUGGGUGUCCCUUACGCCAUUGUCAAGGGUAAGGCCCGUCUCGGUACCGUCGUCCACAAGAAGACCUCCGCCGUUCUGGCCCUGACCGAGGUCCGCUCCGAGGACAAGUCCGAGUUCGCCAAGCUCCUCUCCACCAUCAAGGAGGGCUACACCGACAAGAACGAGGACUCCCGCCGUCACUGGGGUGGUGGUAUCAUGGGCCAGAAGGCCAACGACCGCAUCGCCAAGAAGCAGAAGGCUCUCGAUGCCGCCAUCAAGGUCUAA